GUCCGCUCGGGAGCAUUUCAUUUUAGACCCAAAACCUCUAUUUUAAUUCUUAUUUUUUCACUGUGCGUUGCUGCCUCCCUCCCUCCCUCGAUCUAUCAUUUCAUUUCUGAAGUGAAAACGGUUGAAGACACUUACCAUGGCAAUAAGACAGAUGGCUAGAGCGGUAUAUCGCAGAUUCUCAUCUGGUGGCAAAGUUCUUGGUGAAGAGGAGAAGGCUGCAGAGAAUGUUUACAUCAAGAAAAUUGAGAAAGAAAAAUUGGAGAAGCUCGCACACAAGGGCCCUAAACCCGAAGAAACAACAGCAGCGGAUGUGGGUGGAUCAGCAGCUGAAGCAAAAGCAAGUGAGCCCACUUCCACGAAAGGAAUAUCAACAGAUAUCCACAAGAAUUACGCAGUAGUAGCUGGUACUGUAACUGGUCUUAGCGCUCUUGGAUGGUAUCUUUUGUCAAGGGACAAAAAGACCGAGGAGCUUCAAGAUUGAAGAUUCACAGGCAUAUAGGUACUUGCUUUAUGAGUCCCUUCUCUCAAUGGUUUUUGUUGAUGCAAGAUAAGUUAAAACAAAUAAGAAACCAUGAUUUUGUAAUCCAUAUUUGACUGGAUAUGAUAUAUUGAAUGGAUUGUUUAACUGUUA